UAGCCAUCUUCCAUUCACAUUCACUCAAAUAUUCUUCCACCUUUCAGUAUUUGGGGCAAUUUUAUGACAUUAAUGAAGACUCCUUUUUGUUCUCAAAAAGCCUUCAUUGAUAUUGGGCAUUUUGAUUUCUCGUCAUAAUGGCUAUUAUCACCAGGUAACAAAUUAUGGACAUGCCGAGGUAUGCUCCUUUUCUCCCUAUUUGCAGCUGCGAUAGUUUGAUCAUUUGGUCACGUGGUGCGUCGGGACCAAUAGUGCGGAGAAAGAUCACACGAGCCUCCUACUGCGAACCAAAUGGGGAAAGAGAAAGGAUAUAUGUAUCCAUAAGCCAUGGAACUGCUGGGAGGAUUACGUUCUGCCACGCCCAAGACAGGAAACACCCAGCAGCCCAGGAAGCCAGGCGAUCGUAUCCUUUGUGUGAAACUGAUGCCAGUGAUGCACUUGGGUGUCUGUGGGGAUGUGUGACCUUGACCUUGUGCCCUCAGCUGUCAUCCACUCCUCUGCAGGUCUUGUUGUACCUCAACAGCUGGUACUUUGGAGCUUUUUACGUGGCAGAAGUUCUCAUGUUCAUCUAUAAAGGUAUUUUACUGCCGUACCCGACUAAUAAUCUGGCUUUGGAUGUGGCGUUGCUAGUUCUCUUUCUCGGACUGGAGAUACUCAGGAUCUUUUAUGCCUGGAAGGGCAAUUUGUGCGAGCACUCCCUCACCACGGCCGUGUCACUCUUCCUGCUGCUGCCGUGCGUCACGCUAGCUGCUUACUUCCUGCUGCUCCAGACCUUCGUCCUGCGCCUGGAGUUCCUCCUCUGCAUCGUGCUCCUCUGCUUCUACUCUCUUCAGUUCUUGCUGGGUGUCCUCGCCUUGUCAGCAUUCUCCAGGACCAAAGUUUACUGAUGAGCACAAAGCAGUGACAUCAUGUGUGAUUAUGCUCAUGUGUUUGGGAUUGUCUGUGUAAAUACAUCUUUGUCUAUGGAACUUUUUCUACUUUUAUACAAAAUGACCAAUGCUGGGUAAAUAAACAGUAUCGGGACUG